GAAAUCCAAUUUUUUUAGAGUGACUUUUUAUUGAGCAACAUUCCAUCUGAGUGCUAUAUAAGGAGGCCACUAAUGGAAGUAUAGAACCAUGCAACUUCAACGUAGUUUUAUUAUUAAGACCAUAAUAAUAAGCUACGAAAGUAUUGAAGUUGUACACAUAAUUUUUUUUUUAGGGUUGAUUUUCGAGAGGAUUUUUUUUUCCUGAUCGAAUAUUUGAUUGAAGAUGGCUAACAAGGUUUUGUUAUUGGUAUUUAUCAUAGCGAUUUGUACUACUUUUGUCAUUUCUGAUGGUAAGAAAAAAUUGCAUGACGAUAAAGACAAAGAUAAAGGUAAAGGUAAAGGUAACGGUCAUGGAAAGGAUAAACACAAAAACAAUGGCGGUCUAGCGAUCAAUUUUUAUGGAGAAAAUUGUCCUCGUGCAGAAGAGAUUGUGCAGACGGUUACUGAGAGACAUGUCUCUAGUAACCCAGACUUGCCUGCAAAGCUCCUGAGAGUGCUUUUCCAUGAUUGUUUUGUCAGGGGUUGUGAUGGUUCAGUGUUAUUAAACUCAGCAAAAGGUUCUCAAUCAGAGAAAGAAGCAUCAGCCAACCGAAACUUAGCAGGUUUCGAAGUUGUUGAAGAUAUUAAAGAGGAGAUCGAGAAAGAGUGCCCAGAUGUUGUGUCUUGUGCUGAUAUCUUGGCUCUUGCUACCAGGGACGCUGUUUCUCUCCAAUAUGGGAGGCCCUUGUGGGAGGUGCCCACCGGCAGAAGAGAUGGAACAACAUCAUUGGCAUCGGAGGCUGAAGCAAAUCUUCCUUCCUCAUUCUCUAAGUUCCCUGUCCUUUUAAACAACUUCGCCAUAAAGGGCCUAUCUGUUCGUGAUCUUGUGGCAUUAUCAGGUGCGCAUACAAUUGGAGUAAGUCGUUGUAACUUUGUGAGCUCAAGGCUAUUUAACUUCACUGGAAAGGGAGAUCAAGACCCUUCAUUAAACCCAUCUUAUGCUGAUUUCUUAAGGACCCAAUGUAAAGGACCAAGUGAUGCCACAACCACUCUUGAAUUAGACCCUAAAAGUUCCCUCUCCUUCGACAACCAUUACUUCCAAAUAUUAAAGGAACAUAAGGGUCUUUUCAUGUCCGACGCCGCCCUCCUCGACGAUGCUAACGCCCGUAAAAUCACCGAAGAGUUUCUUAACUCGGAAAGGUUCUUUGAUGAGUUUGCUACGUCUAUGGAAAAGAUGGGAGCCAUUGGUGUGCUUACCGGACGUCAAGGGCAGAUUAGGAAACAAUGCACUUUGGUUAACUAAAAAUAAUUACAUGAGCAUGUAAAUUGUUAACAAUACUAAUUAAGUGUUGUCUAUGCAUGAUCAAUAAGGCCCAUAAGGGUUAUGUUUCAA